UUGAAUCUUCUGUGACCCUUUUAUGAACAAUCUUCACAAGAAUCAUCUACUUGUCUUCAGUAAAUCAUCAUAAAUCGAUUAAAACGCCAACAGGCUUUAUUAGCAACUUAAAAGUGGUAUUACAGAGACAAAGCUACAGCAAACAAGUUUAACCUUUGGAGAACAUGAAUACCUGGAAUUAAACCUUCAGCUCUUCAUUCAGGGGCGGGGCCGUAUUGAAUAUUCAUCGGCGCGUGGCUGGGAGCGCACGCGAGCGGAGAGGAGCGCAGAUGACGACCGAGAGCGACUCCGCCGCAGCGCGAGGAGGAGAGACGCGGAAUGAUGUGUAAACCAUCACAUUUCCACGUUUGACACCGAGACAAGUUGCUUUCGGCUGGACGAGGCUCGUCUCUCUGCGGCUGCAAAUAGAGGAGGCUGGAGCCGUCUGAAAACAAACUGUAUUGCUUUUAAUGAGUUGAUCUGAAGACUUUUUUCCCCCCUGUCCAUCUGUCUUUUAAGAGCAGUAGACAGACAGACAGACAGUCACUAUGGAGUCUAUCUUAGACAGUUUCACAGAGGAGAAACUCUAUUCCUCCGGAGGAACCAACCUGUUGGACCUGGAGGAACUCAGCGACGGUGAUUUCCUCACUAACGUGCCUUUUUCAGGUGACCAAAUGGACGACUUCAGCAGUGAAUUAUUUAACAGUUUCUUCGACGACCAUCUGCUAGAGCGCCCCCUGUUGACAGAUAGACCCUCGCCUCUAAAUAUCGACAUGGAGAGCAACCCAGAUAUCCAAGCAGAGCACAGCUACUCUUUGAGUGAAGACUCCGCCCCCCAGAGUCCAGCCCUGUCAAUCAAAAUGGACCAAGAGUCUGAAUUUGACUGGAACUUCAGCCAGGACCUGUCCUCCAUCCUGGUGAAACAGGAGGAGCCCGAGAUCGGCCAAAGGUUAGAUCCUCAGCCUCUCGAAAGCCCGCCUCUCAUAUUAAGCCCUGCCCCUCCCCACACAGGGUCACCGUGGAAAUGCACAGAGCGCCGUCUAGACGACGUGAAGUCAGUAGCUAUAAAGGACGAACCCAGAGAAAACGGACAGUAUCUCAGCCUGCCCAACGAUGACGCUCUCCAGCUCCCGCCCACCCCACCCAGCAGUAACCAUGGCGACAGUGACGGCUCACUACCGCCGUCCUCCCCGCACCUCCCUCUCCCGCCGUCCUCGCCCCAGCCACAACAGAGGCCAGGAGGUCGUGGGUCUUCCUCCUCUUCCUCGACAGCCAUCUCCUCCUCGCCUCUCCUCACAGCACCACAUAAGCUGCAGGGCUCAGGACCCCUCAUGCUGACAGAGGAAGAGAAGAGGACCCUGGUGGCCGAGGGUUACCCUGUGCCAAACAAACUUCCCCUCACCAAGAGCGAGGAGAAAGCACUGAAGAGAGUUCGACGGAAGAUUAAAAACAAGAUUUCAGCUCAGGAGAGUCGGAGAAAGAAGAAAGAGUAUGUGGAAUGUCUGGAAAAAAAGGUGGAGAAUUACACGUCAGAAAACAGCGACCUGUGGAGAAAAGUAGAAAACCUGGAGACUGCCAACAGGUCUCUUCUACAGCAGCUGCAGAAGCUUCAGUCUCUGAUUUCAGGGAAAGUCAUCCCCCGUUCAUGUAAAAUGGCCUCAACUCAAACAGGAACGUGCCUCAUGAUGAUGGCGCUGUGUUUCGUCCUGGUGUUGGGCUCCUUCUCCCCUUGUCCCUCUCCUCUGUCUUUUUUCUCUCACUCCUCCUCUUUAUCCUCAUCAUCCUCUCAUUCCUCACCUUCUUCUCUUCCUUCACCGUCGGCGGACCUCUACACGACCAGUCAGGUCCGCUCCCGCAGCCUGCUCUUCUACGAUGAACAGGCUCCCCUGGAGGAGAGUUUGGUGCCGUCAGAAGGAGAGAGGCUGCAGUCAGAGGUCCACUCUCACAUUCAGACCCGUCGGCAUACAGCCGACACCCACAGCAACCAGACAACCGGGCCCAAAUUAGACCAAAGAUAUACCAAACCAGGCGGAGUCUCGGAGGUUUUCUGAUUCUUAUAUCCUCUUCCUGCUCGAAGCGCUCCAUCCUCCUGUUCCCACAUCGCUCUGUCAACAAAUCAGCCCAGCUUCAGCUCCGACAUCGAUCACCCUUCAUCUUUCUGUUGUACUUGAACACUCUGGAUGUAAACAUCAACUUUAUUGUUGUUUUACUGCACUAAAAUUCUAAUUUAUAGUAAGCAACUCAUUUCACUGAAUCAGUUUACCUACACAAUGCCUUGCAAAAGUACUUCUCCACAUUUUGGCACAUUAUUUUAUAUGAUAGGCCCGCACAAAGUUGUCUUAGUCAAUCUUUACUAUCUGUUUUGAUUUUCUUUUUUUUUACUUGAACAUUUAGUUAAAAAAAACUUAAGUCUUUAAAUCCAAUUUUUAAGAAGAAUUAAGCAUAAAUAGCAAAGUCUUAAAUUGUGGCAUUAACCUUCAAAGUGAUGUUUAUGGUUUUCAGAGCUUUAACUUUUAGACAUCACCUAAUAAGAAAGGGCUCACUUAUAUUAGGGUUUGCUUAUAUUAGUCAUCUAUAAUGAUCCGAUGCUUGAUUUUUAAAAUUACGGAUAGUCAGUAUUAGUAAGACACAAAAUACGCUUUCAAAUUUUAACUCAACAAAGAUCAUUUAGAAAUGAUAAAAUAAACAGAAUAACGCUUUAGAUAUUGAAGCAGCGCCAUUUUAAAGUGCCUUCCUUGUUCUGCGGUCCAGUAUGGCCAUUUGACCGCACACACGAUGCAAAAUAUGACAAUUAUAUAACAAUUGUAAAAUGCCUUAAAAUAAGUAGUUGCCAUGACAACCCCAAUUUGCCUUCCUAAGUGGCAUGUUCUCUUGUCUUUCUCAUUUUGUAGUGUCUAAGAGAAACUAGCCAUUACAUCAUGUCAUAUUUAUUCAUGGCAACAGGACGCCCAGAAUUAUCAAAUACAUUAUUUUACAUGUAGAUCAUCUUUAAAAAGUUGAAAUGUACUCAAAAUUUGGGAUUUUUUUCAGAAUAAUAAAAUGUAUUUAUUUUAAGGCUUUUUGCAUGUCUACCAGAGGUGCCAGUAAGUGUGGAGAACUGUAGCACUUCUUUAAAUUUUCAAAAUAAAACACAAAUUCUAGGUUAUUUCUGCAACUUUAUCAUUUAAUAAGCAUUUUUUUACUUCUAAUUCUGACCAAAUGUCUAAUUUUUUCUUAUAUUUUGGUAUUUCUUGGGAGGCGUGUUCUUUUCUUUCAUAAAACGGCGCCGAUCUGAGGGUAGGAAGCAUCACAUAAAAGUUUUUUUUUUUAAAUAUAAAUUGUAUAUGUAAUAUAUUUGCAGCAUCAAAAAAAUGCAUAUUUAAUUUAUGCGAAAAAAAAUACAUGUACUGAUUUUUUUUAAGUUAGUUUAUCUUAUUGUUUUUUAAAUAAUAAAAAAAAAUACAAAAAGAAAACUUUUAAUAUAUUACAAGCAUUGAAAAAUUAGCAUAUUUAUUUUAUGCAAAAUAAAAAAGGAGAUGAUUUGGCAUUUCAGAAGAGGUAAAGUUUCAUGACAUAAAACUGCUGUCGCAUGAAUUGGGUGCUUCAGAAUUUAAAAAAAUUAUUAUUUUCUAUAUUUCUAACUUUGUUUUUGGCCAGAAAUUUAAAACAAAAGUAAAAAAAAAUAGAUGACCAAUUAUCAUUCAGCAGUGUUUGUUGUAUUUAUUGAUUGCUUGUAGAAAGUGUGUAAAUAUUGAAGAAGCAUUCCAGGAGAAAAAGCACCACUAGUUUCAGUUUGAUUGAACACUAUAAUGAAAUCAGAAGAUUUCAUCACCACUAUCUAUAACACAGUGCUGUUCUGAAAACCCCAAACAAGUCAUUUUAUUCCAAAAGCUGUGUAUAACGCAUUUCACUUCAUCAUGGGUUUCUUCCUUUUUUUUCUUCCAUCUAGUUCAUUGAUUUUGUCUCCAUUUUGUCAUCAGAAAUGAACAGAAAAGCAUUAUGUGACUGCAGCCAGAUCCACUCUCUCUCUCUUUUUCUCUCUCUCUCUCUCUAUUUCGUCUGGGACCAAAUACCAAAUGUACAUAAUUGAUGACAACUUCCAGCAUAGUUGUUGUAAAUAGUGGGUCUUGUUUUUGUACUGUCAUAAUCCCAGAUUUUAGCCUGUGGAACGUCCUGUGGGGAAGAAAACAAAAGGGGGGGGAGGGGCAUCAAAAUAAAAGAAAUGAUGAUUUAGGGAUUGGGGGGAGUCCAUUUGUAAUUAACUGAGAUGACACAGCAUC